AUCUCUGUUCUCUCCUUGCUAGUUCCUUCGUCUCCCGCAGGUACUUGAUACCCCCCAUUUUGCCUAUCCUCCUUUGGCACACUGUCGGCAAAAAAGAAAAAAGAGGAGGAAGAAGCAACGCUAGCCCAAGAUAAACCGAUACAAUGCCACCACCGAAGCCUAAUCCCAACAAGGCGCCGUCGCCGCCCCCCGACUACAAGACCAUCGCCGCACAAUGGGCCGCCGCGGAGCGCGCCAAGAAAGCUGCCGAUGCCGCUCGCAAGAAGGAGCCGGGUGCGAUGGAUGCACAGAAGGAGGAGGAGGAACGGAGGCAAGAGCAGGCCCAGAUCGCCGAGAGCGAACGGCGCCGCGCCCGUCUCGAGGCCGCACGCAAGAAGGCCUACCAGUCCCGCUGGGCGUGGACCGCCGCCUUUUGGGCGUGGCUGCUGUGCAUGCACGCAGUCGGCAUCGCCUACUUCACCAGCGGCUUCCUGCUGACGCGGCUGGUGCUGGAGGAGAAGUCGGCCUGCGAUGCGCCUCCCCCCGUCGGCGGCCCCGGGGAAUCCGCGCCGUCGUCGUUGCUGCCGCCGUGGAAGGGCAUGGGGACGGUGGAUGGCGGGUGUUGGCACCCAAAGACGUUUGAGCGCGCCGUCGUGGUGGUGAUCGACGCGCUGCGGUACGACUUCGCCGUGCCCGUUGGCGACGGCGAGGCGUUUCACGACGCGCUCCCGUUCUUGUGGGAGACGGCAGUCCGAGAGCCGAACAAGGCUUUCUUACGGCCCUUCGUCGCCGACCCGCCCACCUCGACACUGCAGCGGCUGAAGGGCCUCACAACGGGGACGCUCCCAACGUUUGUGGACAUCGGGAGCAGCUUCUCAGGCACGGCGGUCGAGGAGGACAACUUGCUGAUGCAGUUCAAGGAUGCCGGCAAGAGGAUUGUGCAUCUGGGGGACGACACGUGGGAGUCGCUGUUUCCGGGAUACUUUGAGGGGAACCUGAGCCGGCCGUACGACAGCUUUAACGUCUGGGACCUGCACACGGUUGACAACGGGGUGAUCGAGCACAUCUUCCCGUUGAUGCAGAAGAGGAAUGACUGGGAUGUCCUCAUCGGCCACUGCCUGGGGGUCGACCACGCCGGCCAUCGUUAUGGACCAAACCAUCCGGAGAUGACCAAGAAACUGCGUCAAAUGGACGGUUUCAUCCGGGACCUGGCGGCGACCAUGGACGACAAGACCGUCCUGAUCGUGAUGGGAGACCACGGAAUGGAUAGCAAGGGCGAUCACGGCGGGGAGAGCGAAGACGAGGUCGAGGCUGCCUUGUGGAUGUACUCCCCCAAGGGCAUCUUCGGCAGGACGAAGCCGGAAUACGCAACGCCCCCGACUACCGCCAAGAGCCGCCCCGUCAACCAGAUCGACCUUGUCCCGACCCUUGCGCUGCUGAUGGGCAUACCUAUCCCCUUCAACAACCUGGGAAGACCAAUCGAGGAGGCUUUUGCUGGUGUUUCCGGCAACACCUGGGCCAACCUAGCCGCUGCAGAAAGGGUCACUGCGGCUGGUAUCAAGCGAUACCAGACCUCCUAUUUUUCCGCUCGGGGAAUCGAGCAGCCCUCCGGAGCCGGAUCUCCUAACGAGCUCUGGGAAAAGGCCGAAGCUGCCGUUUCCAAGGCCAAGAAGAACCGAGACUGGGCCGCUAUUUACUCGGCUUUCGCUGCGUACCAAGAAGAGAACUUGCGGAAAUGCAAGGCCUUAUGGGCUAGGUUCGACAUCAAGAACAUGGUCUUUGGCAUUGCCAUCAUGGUCCUCGGGGUCCUCGCGCUUCUCGUGUACAUCUCCAACGGGGGAGACGACGAUGCCAUUGACGACGAGGAGUUGGAUCUCGCCGAGAAGAGCCUGGAGCUCCGGGGCGUGAAGCCUGACGAAACGGCAACUCCAGACGACACCCUCGAGAAGCGCUUGGUCUCGGCGGCCCUCUUUGGCGCUGCUCCCGGUUUCAUCGGCGGCGUUAUCUCCUCCUUUGUUUCCGGGGCGGGGGACUGGUAUCGUGGGGCCGGCAUCGCAGCUCUCACGAGCAUCGCUGCGGUCCUGGUGUCCAUGUAUGAGGCCCAGGAGACUCUCUUCAAAAUUCUACCUAGUACACUCUGGGGUUGGAUGGCGGUCAUCUUCACCGUCAGUCAGUCCGUCGGCUUCGCGUCUAAUUCCUACACAAUCUGGGAGGAUUCCAUCCUGCUAUUCUUUAUUACAACAUUCAGCUUCGCAAGCGCUCUGUCUGCCCUCCGAAUCCCUUCCCGCGCGGACCGCUACCUGGCCAUCUACCAUUCUGUCGUCUUCGCCCUGCUCGGCCGCGUCGCAUCUUUCUCCAAGCUCUGCCGGGAGGAGCAGAUGCCUUACUGCGCCUCAACUUACUAUGCCUCGGCAACAUCCUCCACCUCUGCCCCGUGGCAACUCAUCAUCCCUUUCCUUGUUUCCGCGAUCCUCCCUUCCAUCAUUAAGGCCUACCUGCAGCCAACCAGGUCUUACGAGGGACUCGCCCAAACCUGGAUCAGCUAUGUCUUCCGCGCCGGACUUUUCGUAGCCGCCCUCUACUGGCUCCUCGAUGCGGCCGACAACGGCAACUGGAUCCCGGGGCUGCCCGAUAAAGUGCUGAAAAACAUUAGCGUCUACACGGCCCAGACGGUCCUCGGCUUUGCCCUGGUCGCCGGCACGACCGCCUUCACCUGGGCGCCCCCCUGUGUCUCUAUCGUCACGUCCGCCUCACCCACCGAACCGACCCGCGCGCAGAUUGCCAUCUUGGGCUACGCCAAUGCCCACGGCGCGCGCUAUCUCCUCCUCCCGCUCAACCUCCUGGUCGCCUGCAUCCUCCUCUCCAAGCCCAUGGGUGGCGGCGCACUGGGUCUCCUGGCCUGGCAGGUCCUCGCUCUCCUCGAGAUCCUCGACCUCAACAAUCUGACCACCUCCCCGAUCGGGCCGGUCAUGCUCGCCAUCCUGGGCACUUUCCACUUCUUCAAGACGGGCCACCAGGCCGUGCUGAGCUCCAUCCAGUGGGACGCCGCCUUCAUCCCGCUCUUCACCAUCCGCUACCCCUGGAGCCCCAUCGUCGUGGCCCUCAACACGUUCGCGGGGCAGAUCCUCGCCACCGCGGCCGUGCCCCUGCUCGUGCUCUGGAAGGCUGGGCCCAAGCGCAAGGGCGUGCUGGAGGCCGUCAGCCGCCGCGCGCUCGGCGUGUUUGUGGCCUACUUUGCCGUCGAGUGCCUUUGCACCAUGGCCUGGGCGGGGCACUUGCGCCGGCAUCUGAUGCUCUACCGCGUGUUUAGCCCGCGCUUCAUGACGGCGGCCGUCGUGUUGCUGGUGGUGGACCUGGUGGGCAUUCUGGUGUCGUUGCCCAGCGUGAGGGUGAACACCAUGGCGAUCGGGGACGUCUUUGGGUGGGCCGAGUAAAGUGGGCAUUGGACUCACUCCGGGUCGAGUAAAAGAAAUGGAUCGGUCCACGGAUGUG